AUGUGCGAUCUUCCCGCUGGGGCUGCAGGGGAGCCCGAGGACGAGGUGGAUUCCGUUCCCGUUUCUGCUCCUUCUUCUGCCGCACCAGCUGCUUCAUCUGCCCCUGUAUGUAUACCGCGAGCACCAGAAGAUGCACUGCAUGGAGACCCAACAGCAGCAAGUGAAGACUGCACUGCAGCAGCCCUACAGGAGGCUUGGGCGCUCCACCUUCAGGCAGAGGCAGAUGCGGAUGACGCAGAGGAGCUUCUGUCCGCCGAUGCCUGCGAUGCGUCUGGGGGUUUCUACCUAGAACCUGAGGAGCAACAGCAGCAGCAGCAGCAGCAGCAGCAGCAGCAAGAGCAAGAGAGUGAAGUGGAGGUAGGAUUGUCAGGAGCAGCGCAACAACAUCUGGAGGCUGCUGGUGACUUUGUUGCUGCUGCCGCGCCGAGCCAGCAACCCCAGCAGCUGCUGGCGGACCAGCAGCAGGAGCAGCAGCAGCAGCAACAGGAUCAACAGAAGCAGCAGCAGCAGGAGCAGCAGGAGCAGCAUGAGCAAGGUGGUUCUUGUGAGGAAUCAUCUGCUGCUGCAGCAUCUAUUACCGACGAACUGGCGGCGUUGCUUGACGAUGAAUCUGUGUUUUCUGGUGGGGUUGCUUCAGCCUCAGGCAGCAGCGUAGGGGUUGCAUUUGAUCCCUCUCAGUACAGCUCGUUGCUGUCGGGUCGGCGUAGAGGUGGAGGAGGACCUGCUGCUGCUGCUGGUGCUGCUGAUGGCUCUGGUUGGUGCUCGCAGCAGCAAGCAGCAGCAGCGUACUGUCUGAAAGAACAGCUGCUGCGGGAGGAAGCUGCAGCAGGAAGGAUGCAGGUGCGGCAGCAGCCAAACCCUCACGGGGAGGCAUUCAAGCCAAUGCGGCUGUACUCAGUGAAGGAGGUGCAGCAGCUGGCUUCUGAAGAACAAAAACAAAAAAAAAUAAAGGAAAAAGAGAGACAGAUAAAAGAAACAACAAACUCACUGGCGGGGCGCCCCCUUAUCGUAACCUCCAGUGACGCGCAGUGGGAAGAAAUAUAA